CAUUGUCACAGAUGCUGAGUAACAAGCGCUGAACACUCUGACUUUCAAAACAACACAGGGAUUACUUUGAGUGUUACUUUUACUUUUUAAUUUAUUACUGCUACCGUGGUAACUGCAGCAUUUGAUGUUGUAGCAGCUUGAGCACGUGGAGCUGAUGGAUUUACUUUUGGGGAUUUAACAUCGAUGCAGUAUGUUUCCUUUCUCAUCGCCUGGAGGAUUUAAACACAAGUUUCUGAUUUCUGUGUCUGCAUUUUGAAAACAAGAUUUCCAGGAUGAAGCAGUUUAAAGAUGACUUUUGGUGACUUUACAGUUUUGCGUUUACACCAUACAGUCGUCCUCUUUGUUUUAUUACAGUCACGUGGAGGUGAACCUCAGGUGAUUGGUCCAUCGCAGCCAAUAGUGGCAAUACUUGGUGAGGACAUUAUUUUGCCAUGUCGCCUGGAACCUCCAAGGAAUGCUUCUGGUAUGGUUGUGGAGUGGGCGAGACCGGACCUGAGUCCCGGGUAUGUUUAUGUGAGGCGAAACAGUAAAGAACAUGUAGCUCACAAACAGCCCUCCUACAGAGGAAGAACAUCCGUGUCCAUCAACAAACUGGAGGUCGGAGACGCUUCAAUGAAACUGUCCGAGGUGACGCGUCCUGAUGAGGGAACCUACAGAUGCCUUUUUCCUCAACUGGGUCAAUACGCCUUCGUUGAGCUUGUUGUUGGUGCCGUCUCCUCACCUGUUAUCAGUUCAAUGAGCACAACAAGCAGCAGAGAGGUGGUUUUACAGUGUGAGGCUAAAGGCUGGUAUCCAGAGCCUGAGGUGUUCUGGCUGGACGCUGAGGGAAACCUCCUCUCUGCUGGACCUACAGAGACAGUCAGAGGUCCUGAUGACCUCUAUACUGUCAGCAGAAGAUUGACUGUGGAGAAGAGCGACAACUUCACCUGUAGAGUCCAACAGAAGAACAUCACCCAGACCAGAGAGACACACUUCACUGUGUAUCUACCUGUUCCAGUUCUUGCUCCGUACGCAAAAUGCAUCUUGGCUUCAGGACUGAUUUGUGUCUUUCUGUACGCUGCAUUCAUAGUGCAAGAAUGCAGAAUGAGGAACAAGGAGGUGCCUGAUGACCUAAGAGGCCCAUAGCUGAGCCACACCUGUUGAAGAAACAUGGUGCAGCUACUUUAAAAGUUGGAGACACAGAAGACGAAAGAAAACCACAGCAGGAAGUGAAACCAAGCAGCGCAAGCCUCGACUUCUUCUUUUCGAAACUCUAAUCUACAGAUCACUCAUCAUAUAGAAUUACAUAUAUCCUGCACAUAUACUCUCAUUAUACAGCACGUGCAUUACUGACUUCUCUAAAUAAGAAUGUAUUAUCAAUCAAAUGUUAUUUAUACAGCACUUUUCAUACAAAACAUGUAACACAAAGUGCUUUGCACAGAAAAUGCUGACACCCUCCACCCACUCCAACCCCCCACCCUAUUAUAGACAAAGCACUAUGCAAACUCAGGAAUCAUAGUAUUUAUUUCAGUUUUACCAUGUGACCAUGAAUGUGUUUUUUAACUACAUGUUGGUAUUUUGCUGAUAUCCGUUAAGCUUGUUGUCUCUGUUUAUCAAAUAAAUGUGUGCUCUAUGCUGAGAACUGAAGUUUC